CUUCCUGUGUGGGCGGAGUCACAUCUGUGCAACCCGCCACUUCCUGACGUCUGUUACCGCCAAACUUUAAACAACAAGGAGCCUCAACAACAUCCACAGCUGGAGCUCUCACCUCUCAUUCACAAGGAAGACCUAUUUUACGCACAGAAGACAUGUCUCCUACUCCUAAAAGACCCUGUCCGGAUUCAGUGGACGAGUCCAUGAACGUGUCUCUGAACGACUCUCUGGAGAAGAGGAUAAAGAGGAUAUCAGUGGAGGGAAAUAUCGCGGCGGGUAAAUCCACCUUUGUGCGCCUUUUGGAUCAGGAGAGCGCGGACUGGGAGGUGGUACCAGAGCCUGUCGCGAGGUGGUGCAAUGUCCAAACUAAAGGCAGCGACUUUGAGGAGCUGACCACUUCUCAGAGGAGUGGAGGGAACAUACUGCAGAUGAUGUACCAGAAACCGGAGAGGUGGGCCUACACCUUCCAGAGCUACGCCUGCAUCAGCCGAGUGCGCGCUCAGAUCAGAUCUGCAAACGGGAAGCUGAGAGAGGCGGAGAAUCCGGUUCAGUUCUUUGAGCGGUCCAUUUACAGUGACAGGUACAUCUUUGCAGCUAACCUUUACGAGAGCGAGUGUAUGAGUGAGACAGAAUGGUCUGUCUACCAGGACUGGCACGGCUGGCUGCACAACCAGUUCGGCAAGAACAUCGAGCUGGACGGUAUCAUCUACCUCAGAGCUUCACCUGAGAAAUGUUUAGAGCGGUUGCACAUCAGAGGCAGAGAAGAAGAGCAGGCCAUCCCUCUGGAGUAUCUGGAGAAGCUGCAUUUCAAACAUGAGAGCUGGCUGCAGCACAAAACCAUGACCACGGACUUUGAGUAUCUCAGCGAGGUGCCCAUCUUGACCAUAGAUGUGAGCGAGGACUUUAAUGCGAAUGGCACAAAGAGCGCUGACAUGAUCGAGAAGGUGAAAGAGUUCAUGAGCACAUUGUGAAGAUCUCUCAGUGAUGUCAAAUGUCAGCACCACAUCAGUGUCACAAGAAAGAAAAGAUCAUGAGUGACAGCUGCAGUAUUUUUUGAUUCAAUAAUUCAAGACCUCACCUUUGGUGUUUUUUUUAAACAUGUGUUGCCUUUUUUUUUCCACAAUUGUUUUAUAUUUAUGAUAUUUGUAUGUGCAAAUUAAAAUGUGUCCUUUUGGUAUUCACAAAUGACAUUAAACUUGAAUACUUUGCAUUAU